UGUCACGGUUCGGCAUGAGCCCAAGUUCCUGCAUGGCCUCCUCUAUGGGCGGCAUGGGAGGAAUGUCAUCAGGCAUCAACCCCGCUCUGGGGAUGACCCACCUCGGUGACCCCACCAAGGGUGGCAUGGCCGGCUUCUCCAUUGCUCAGAGGAGGAAACGUCGUGUUCUGUUUUCCCAAGGACAGGUGUACGAACUAGAAAGGAGAUUUAAGACACAGAAGUACCUGUCGGCACCUGAACGUGAGCAGAUGGCCAUGAGUAUUGGGCUCACUCCCACCCAGGUGAAAAUAUGGUUCCAGAAUCAUCGUUACAAACACAAAAGGCAACAGAAAGACAGAGAAAAGAUGGAAACGUCCAGCUCUAAGGAGUCCGGCAGUGGGGGACAGUCUCACGGCAGUUCUAGUCACAAACACAACACGAGCUCAUCGACCGGCUCUUCGGCCUCUUCAUCUUCUUCGUCGUCCCCGCGAAAGGUGACGGUACCAGUUCUCAUCAGGGACGGGAAGUCCACGUCAGACAAUGGCAAUGGAGGUAGUGCUGGUGGAUCUACUGGAUCCUCAUCGGCGUCAUCAGCCUCGUCGUCAUCUUCUCUUAUCGGACAUAACCAUCAGCAUCUGGGCAGCAGUGGAGUUGGAUCUCCUCUAGGGAGUUCAUCUCUGCACUCUUCUUGUGCCGUCAACAAGAACAGUCUCUCCCACCACCACCAUCACGACAACUUCCUCAGCACGCCAUCUCCGGACCUUACAGCUGCGCUCACAUCCCAUGGACUCAACCAGCCAACUCUGUCCCACCAUGGCCUACACCACAGUAUGGGGUACGCCACCGGAGCAGUCAACGGCAACGCCCUUGCCUCUCCCACUCCUUAUCUAAUCAACGGCAGGACCUGGUAA